AUGAUCAAGUGCGAUGGCAACAUGCCCUGUAAGUUGUGCUUUGAGGGUCGGAAGGAGUGCAAAUACCCAGCAAGGACAGGUCGCAUCAGCCAUUCUGCGAGAGUUGGAACGACACCUCGACAUGACGGAGUCGAAACACCAAGCAACGGAAACGAAUACGUAGAUUCCACAGCAUCUUCUCCCGGGGUAUCAGAGCAAACGCCCUCGGAACAUGGUCGAUCAGCGCAUAUUUUGACGCCAAAAUCGCCUCCUUUGGAGCCUGUUGGGCUUGACAUGCCAGGAGUCGACGGUGAGGUUGCGGAAAGCGCACUCAAAUCCGAGCACGACAGUAGCCCUGGCGGCUCUCACGACGAUACCGCCUGGCCUUGGUUACAUGAGAGUCUGUUUUUGCUGCAGAACGGCAAGCAGACCAACCGUAGAUCAGGCGGCCAGCAAAGAUCGCGGGACCCGUCAAAUUCGAAUACCAACAGCCCAGGAGGAUAUGAGUCUGAAGAGUCCGUUGCAACGGCCACCAAUAAUAGGAUGGGCAGCACGGUCUCACCCCUUUCUAAUGUAAUCGAAAACUUGGUGGCUUACGCUGCCAACACUGCUUUCGCGCCGGAUGACCGUCUCAUCCGGCGGCGAUACUGGGAGUCACUCUCCCUCCAACUGGCUGACAUCUUCAACGGAUUCACUGGAAAGACUGCGGCCGAUCCUCAUCGUACAAUAUAUCAUCUUGUGGAGGUUUACAUGGAAAAUUUUAACUCUACCUGGCCGUUAUUGAACCAGGAGCAGCUUGAUGCGGAGAACCACCAUCCGGUGCUAUUCCUGGUGGUCGGCUCGAUCGGUGCCAUGUACGGGCAUGGCCUGCAGCGACAGUAUGGGACUUUGAUGCACGAACGACUGAGGAGACUUCUGAGCGCUAGCUUGUAUGACUUGGAGGGUCCUGACGAUGGACUGGUCUGGCUGGCGCAGGCUCGUGUUCUCACUCAAGUGUCUGCUCUUUACUUUGGCCAGCACCAAGGCUUUUCAUACGCUCAGCACAUCGCAGCCAUUACUGUUGCCCAACUUCGCCGUAUGAAUGCAUUCCGCGAACCAUUGCCGGACGCAUACAUGAUGUCGCGACUGUCCAAGAUGACACCGGAUGCGGAAGUGGCUCACUGGAAGCAAGGCGAAGCUCGAAGGAGACUCGCAUAUGCCAUACUCCGGACAGACGUCUACACAAGCGUUUUGCUUAGCACUCGUCCUCUCUUGACAGCUGAUGAGGUCAAGCUCACCUUCCCAAGGUCAGAUGCUUUAUGGCUUAACAUGGAGGGACUUCACCCCCAGGGACAAUUGAUAUCCCAGCGCAUGGAAGAUAGUGAAUGUCUGCAGCUUCCAUUCUCGGAUCUUGUUCGAAUCUUCCUCGACAAGACUGAGGUAAAUCCCCAACUUGGCCCGGUAGGCUACGAACUUGUUCUAUUUGGCCUUCAAGAAGCGGUUUGGAAGUUCAGCCAAGACCCCGAAUGCUUCCCAAGGUUGACUGGCCACUGCUUAGAAGACAUUGAUAUUGCCGUAGCAGAGCAUCGGGACACUAUUCCGCGACCCAACGCAGAAAGAUUGAUACCUGCGCUAGCAGUGGGCCAGAUACGCAGACGCAUGAAUGAGCUUUACGCCGAGCGUUCAAGAUUGCUGUUCGCAUUGGACGCUUGGUCCCAGGCCGUGGACACUGCGAUCAAAGCGGGAGCGUUUUUGAACGACAGAAACACUCUAUUGAGCUGUCUGACCCUCUAUCAUCUGAGUAGGUUGCGCCUCACAGCACCUCUGGAAUGGCUCCAUCACAUAUCCUACCGUGCCACUGAGCCUCGAACGAUAGAUUGGCAUACUCACCGCAAAGUGGAGGCGUGGACGAGGUCUGCGUUCGCACCGCAAGCAGCACAGCAAGCCUGGGACGUCAAGUGGCUGAUAGAGCGCGAGCUUUCACUGCCGCCCAGUGAGAGGGCGCAGUUUAAUUUCCUCGCGUUUUGCAGUCUGCACCACGCCGCAGUGGUCCUCUGGACUUUUGCAGGGACCGAGGAUACCCGCUCCGGACGACAGCAUGGACCGAAACUCACCAUUCCGCAUUCUGAGAUUGAAAGGUUCCUGCAGGAGUGCCCGAACCUGUUCAGUCAGCUGAGUCCGCUUGGCGGCAAUUCGUUCGAGGCAGCUGCGUAUAGGCUGUCCAAGAACAAGUUCCCUCGUGAUAAGCAAUCAGCAGGCUGA